AUGCCUGGCAACGCUGGAAGCACCGUUCCUUUGCGCAUCAGAAUGAAGAAAAAUAAGCCCAAGAAAGUUGAAUCUGAGAUGACCGAAUUGGCCCGCGUGCCUCGCGCGCCACAGAUACCCCAGAAUGAGAAAUCCUACCAUGUUCAGGGAAUGGUGGGCUGCGGGCACAGCUCGACUGCGCAUGGUCCAGCCACCAAGGGAAACGGCGACCACAUAGCUGUCUCUCCCGAGAAGAAGGACGGAAAGGUACUCGCUACUGACCGUCGCUUCCAUGCCGAAAACGAGUAUCCCACCCGCUUCAGCUUGCAAGACAUGGAAAGCGACAUCGGCAGGUGGAUCUGUCUUGCUUGUCCCCUUUCAACCCGCAAAUGCAAGGACUGCAAACAGUACGAAGGUCACGAAGACUCCCUGAUCAUCGCCAUUCAUGGAGAUUGUGUUACCGACAAGACCGGAAAACGUUCAGCAAUGGGAUUGUUCUACGGCCGCGGCAACACCGGCAAUCUCUCCUUGCCCCUUCCAGGCAAGGACGACCACAGCCACACGACCCAGAUCGCCGAGUUGACCGCCUGCCUGCGAGCAUUGCGCAAUGCGACUAGCAUCAUCGAGGAGCGCCACAGCAUGAUGCGCAAAGGCAAGCUCCUCAUGCCGCUGAAUGCCUUCGUUAUCAAAACGGACUCCGAGUAUCUCGUCCGCAGCUUGACGGAGUGGUUGCCCAAGUGGAAGAACAAUGGAUGGAAGACUUGCAAGGGCGCUCCAGUUGCUAAUGCUGACCUGUUCAAGUUGAUCGAAACUGGUAUCAACAUGGUUGAGUUGGUCGUCCAGGUUAAGUUCUGGCUCGUGCCCAGGGCGAACAACUUGGAGGCUAUUUGUCUGGCAAAGGUGGCUUUCAUCAAAUGA